AUGAAAGUUAUCGUCCUACUCAGCAUUUUCUUGGCUGUCGCUGUGGCAGCACCACAAUUUGGCGGUGGUGGCAGUGCAAAUGCCAAUGCUGGUGCCGAUGCCCAAUCUCAUGGAGGCAAUAGGAACAAUGAUUUCGGUGGCGGUCGUCCCGGUGGCAACGGUUUCGGUCGACCCGGCGGUUUCGGUGGCGUUUUCACUGGUAAUGGUGGCUACCGCGGCGGAAAUCACCUUGGCAGUGGUGGUGGCAGUUCCAGUGCCAAUGCCAAUUCUGCAGCCACUGCGAAUUCAAAUGGUGGCCGUGCCAACGCCAAUGCUUCAUCCAGCGCCAAUUCCUCGUCACGUGGUGGUGGUUUAGCUAGUGCCACAUCGAAUGCAUCCGCAUCUGCUAAGGCUGGAAAAUAA